GCUGUGUGGACUGGGAUGAGACAUUGGAUUUUUUUCUUCUUUUGUUUCCUUAUUUGUCCAUAGUGUUGGAAGGGAAAAGCUCUAUUGCUUUCCUUUACACAUAGCACCUCUGAAUACUUCUGGCACUUCUGGUCACCAAAUGUGUGGUAGUUUGUCCCACACCAGGCAAUUCCCCAGCACCAUCUAAGUGUCCUACAUUGCAACUCAACCCUGAUAUUACCUCCCUGGAGAUAGCCUUAGUCCUACAAGAUGGCCCCCACUUCAGAUGCCAGUCACAAGUCCAGCUUGUUGCCUCUCUUUCUGAUUGGUUGUAAGUCAGAGAUUCCCACAGCCCCUUCCUUGGGUUCAAUUCAUUUGCAAGAGCAGCUCAUAGAAAUCAGAGCAACAGUUUACUUACUAAAUCACUACUUUAUUAUAAAAGGAUAGAAGUUGGGAACAGCCAGAUGGAAGAGGGAGGGGCACAGGGCAAGGUGUGGCGAAAGGAUGGAGAGCUCAUGCCCUCUCACCACACACCACUCUACCCCAAUCUCUGUGUGUUCAUUCCAAAAGCUCUCUGAACCCCAUCCUGUUGAGUUUUUAUGCAGGCUUCAUUACAUAGGCAUGAUUGAUCAAACCACUGGCUAUUUAUGACUGAAUGCAACCUCCAGCCCCUCCCACUUCCCUGGGGGUCAGGUGUGGGGCUGAAAGUUCUAACCCUCUAAUCACAUGGUUGGGUGUCCAGGCAACCAGCCCCCAUUCUGAAGGGCAUUCUAGGAGUCACCUCAUUAACAUAAACUCAGGUUUGGUUGCCAGGGAUGGGGUGAAGACCAAAUAUAUAUUUAUUAUAAAUCACAGUAUCACAGGUGUCAAAUAAUACUGUGUGCUGUCCUUACAGCAUGAAGUGUUGACAAGAUAAAGCAGAACUUUAUAUCUUCAACUGUGGAGCAGUUGAAGUUUCAAGAUUUGAAAGCUCAGUGCAGACAUAAGGUAUAUCUAGACCCCUGAGGUUGGCAGAACAGAUAGGAUGCCACCAGCCUUGGGAAGAUCUGACCGGGGUGGGAGCCAUUACAUGACCAGCAGUCAUUUGCAGAUGUAUCUUAUGUCAGGCAGUAGUGUUGUGCUGUGCUGACAUGCCUGUCAUGGGAAUGGGGCUGGAGGGACAAAGAUAGAAUUUCCAAAUGGAAGGGACAUCCUGAGGAGGAAUGCCCCCUGGCUUUGGUAAUGGUCAGGAGGUGGAGGGAGGGUUUGGAAAGAGGUCCACUCAGGGGCAUGUAGGUUGUGGGUUGAGGGUCAGAAGAUGAUGAUGGACAUUCUCAGUGCCUGUUCCAUUGGACUUCAGGCUGUGAAUGACAGCCACUUGAUGUGCUUCAGACCCAUCUUGGCUACCUGUGCUUCCUCACGUGCUGUCCCGCCAAAGUAUGUGAGUGGCUCUAAAUGGUAUGGUCGCUGGAGCUGCCCUGAGCCUGAGCCAUGUGGCUCUGCAACAGGAGCCAAAUGUUUACCAGAACAGCAGGCGAGGGCCACUGGGAGAGGCCAGCUCCGCCGCUCUGCAUCUCUGGAAAGUGUGGAGGGAAUUCUGGCCAGAGUGUACUUCUUCAGACAUUGGGGCAGUGGAGAAUUUGUGCUGAAAUCACCUGCUUUUCACCUGCUUAUCACCACCAACUUUCCUCCCACCACUAGUCUCAAGUCAGAUGAAGAAGCUGAAAGUGCUAAAGAACCUCAGAAUGAGUUGUUUGAAGCACAAGGCCAGCUGCCAGCUUGGGGUUCUGAGGUCUUCAGAUGCCUCCAGAAGCCCUGCAGCCUCUCCUUGGACACCCCUGAGAGCCGGGUUCGUGGCAUCUGGGAAAAGCUAGGUGUUGGCAGUAACGGCCACCUCAGCGAGCAGGAGCUGGCUGUGGUCUGCCAAAGCAUCGGGCUCCAGGCACUGGAGAAGGAGGAACUGGAGGACCUGUUUAACAAACUGGAUCAAGAUGGAGACGGCAGAGUGAGUCUUGAGGAAUUCCAGCUUGGCCUAUUCAAUCACGGGCCCACUUCACUUCCAGAGUCUUCCACUGCCAUCAAACCGAGCAUGUCCUGGUCUCAUCACCAGGUCCUGGAGGAGGGCAGCUGCCAGACUGCCACAACAUCAUCCCUGGUAUCCGUGUGCUCAGGCCUGCGCCUCUUGUGCAGUAUUGAUGAUGGCACCGGCUUUGCCUUUCCUGAGCAGCUCAUCACCCUGUGGGCCCAGGAGGGGAUUCGGAACAGCAGAGAAAUCUUGCAGAGUCUUGGCUUCAGUGUGGACGAGAAGGUGAAUCUUUUGGAGCUGACCUGGGCCCUUGAGAAUGAGCUCAUGAUGGUCGGUGGUGCCACUCAACAGGCAGCCUUGGCCUGCUACCGCCAGGAGCUGAGCUUCCGCCAGGGACAAGUGGAGCAGAUGGCAAGGGAGCGAGACAAGGCGAGGCAGGACCUGGAGAAAGCUGAGAAGAGGAACCUGGAGUUUGUGCAAGAGAUGGAUGACUGUCACUCUGCCCUAGAGCAUCUCACGGAGAAGAAGAUCCAACACCUGGAGCAGGGGUACCGGGAAAGGCUGAGCCUCCUGCGGUCUGAGGUGGAGAGGGAACGUGAGCUGCUCUGGGAGCAGACCUGCAGGCAGACAGCUGUGCUGGAGAAGGACCUGGAACGUCUGCGGGGCGAGGAGGCCAACCUACGUGGGAAGCUGACUCUGGCGCUGAAGGAAAACAGUCGAUUACAGAAGGAGAUUAUUGAAGUUGUGGAAAAGCUUUCGGAAUCAGAGAAGCUGGUCUUGAAAUUGCAGAAUGACCUGGAAUUUGUGUUGAAGGACAAGCUGGAGCCACAGAGUAUAGAGCUCCUGGCCCAGGAGGAGCGGUUUGUAGAGGUCCUAAAGGAGUACGAGCUCAAGUGCCGGGACCUGCAGGACCACAACGACGAGCUGCAAACUGCACUGGAAGGUCUGCGGGCACAGCUGCCUCCGAGUUGGCGUGGCCGUCCCCAUGCACAGCCAGAGGAACGGCUGCUCUCUGAACAUGGCCCAACAGGCAUCACUUCAUUUGUGGGUGAUUGCAUUCCAGUGAGUUUAGAAACCGAGAUAAUGAUGGAGCAGGUGAAGGAACACUACCAAGACCUCAAGAUCCAGCUGGAGACCAAGGUAAAUUCCUAUGAAAGGGAAAUGGAGGUGAUGAGAAGGGACUUUGCAAAGGAGAGGGAGGAAAUGCAGCAGGCCUUCAGGCUUGAGGUCCGUGUGUUGGAGUGCAGGAGGGCCGACCUGGAGGUGCUGCUCAUGAAGUCUCAGGAGCUCAUCCGAGGCCUGCAGGACCAGCUCCAGCAGGCUUCCCACAGCCCCUUGACAGAGAGGGCAGUGUUGGGACAGUGCUGUGCACAGGCGCUAUCUGGCCCAGCCCAGCGGCUGGCCCAGGAACAGGACCCACUGAAGCAGGAGCAGCGCCAGAGACAUCGGAAGGAGCUUCAGCGAGUCAGGAUGUUGUAUUAUAUAACACAUGAGGAGAUGGAUAAAAGGAAAGAGGCAGAAGUUGAGUUGAACCACAAGCUCUCAAGGACGGAAGCCUUACAGCAGACUGCCCACUGUAAGGACUUAGCGCUGCAGCCUCAGCAGGAGAAGGAAGAGCAGAAACACCUGCUGCAAGUCCAUGAGGUGAUAGAGCAGCAUGAUCUGGAGAAGGAGUGGAGGGAGGGCAAAGGGAAGGAGAUCCUCCCACUCUGUGGAAGGCAGCAGCUAAAGCUGCAGGAGCUGACAGGUGAGGAGCAGAUGCAACCAUGCAGGUCCUCUGCCCUGGAGAAGGAAAGACUGGAGCUUGCUUGUAGGAAUCAAAUGGGAAAGCUUAUGCAGGAAGAAGACAUGCUGCAGGCCUGCUUGAAGGAUGGGCCAGCAGUGGCAGGUGGUGACCAAGAAGGUAUGGGUGGCCCCAUGCCCCUCUGUGCAGGCAGGAGGGAGCAGUCACUGGUGUGGCAGGAACCUGGUGCUGGGCAUGGCCAUGGGCAAGCCAGGCACAGGGAUGUGCCAGGCCGGUACUUGUGCCAUAUGGACCCCAGGCAGAGCCCAGCCCUAGACCCUGCCUUGGCCUGCAGAGGGUCCUUGGAGAACCUUGGCCUCAGAGAGGAUGGUCAGGGUGUACUUGACCUUGAGGAAGUAGCUUCUGCCCCCCCAGGGAGGUGGUUACAGGUGCAUCAAUGUGGGGUGGACAAGAAAGCAGUCCUAGAGCUGGUACCUCCUGCCAUUGGCCCAUCUGGUCUGAAUCAGCCUGAAGCCCAGGAGCUGCUCUGGAAAACAGAGGGAGAUGCCUCACCAGCUCAGCCCCCAACAUCAGGCAGAGGAGAGACUGAGAGGCAGCCAGCCAUUCUUGAGCGAGCUGGGAACCUGAGUGGGGGGCUGGCCCCCAUGGGGAGCCAAGGGCAGGCCUUGGAGGAACAGGCCUGGUGUGGGAACAGCACCCUGGAGCAAGGGCUGCAGCACAGCAGUGACAAGGCCAAGGAGGGCACCUUGUUCUCCCACCUGCACCUUGCUGACCCCCAGGGAGCCAGGCAGGAACAGCUUGAGGUCCUGCGGGAGGAAGAGGCCAACAUGGCUCUGGAGCAAGAGAAGGAUGGCAUGAAAACCAAACUGCUACAGCUGGAGUAUGUCGUUUGGGCUCUUGAGAAAGAAGCAGAUGCAAGAGAGAACAACAGAAUCAAGUUGGAUAGGCUUUCUGAAGAAAAUACAUUGUUGAAAAAUGAGCUGGGAAGGAUUCAGCAAGAGCUUGAAGCUGCAGAAAAGACAAAUGAUGCACAGAGGAAGGAAAUCGAGAUUUUAAAGAGAGACAAGGAAAAGGCCUGCUCUGAAAUGGAGGAACUCAACAAACAGAGUCAGAAAUGCAAGGAUGAAGUGUCCCAGCUCAAUCACAAGAUCCUUCAGCUAGGAGAGGAGGCCUCUGUCCACCAGGCCCAAGACGAGAAGAAUCUCAUCAACAUUCAGCUGUUAACACAGAGACUGGAGGAGGCCGGGCACCAGGAGGAGCUGCAGAGUGAGCUAAUCCAAAAACUUGAACUUGAACUUGAACACAUGAAUCAGGAAUGUCAGAGCCUGAGACUGUCACAGUCACAGCUGAGAGAGACCCUUGAAGAAAGUCAAAAUCAGCUGCAUGGAGCCAACCUGAGGCUAAGGCUGGCACAGUCCCAGCACUCGGAGGAGGUCCACCAGCUGCAGGAGCAGAUGCAGUGGCUGGUGCCUCAGGACCACAUGACCGAGCUGCAGCAGCUACUGGAAGAGGAGCGGCAGGCCACUCAGCAGCUCCGUGAUGAGUGCAUUCUCCAGAAGGAGAAGGGGAGGCGGCUGGAAACACAGUGGGAAGAACAUGAAAAGGAGCUGAAAGACAGUGAGGAGCGGGUGGAAGAGGUGGGAAGGGCUCUGAAGAACGUGGACAUGCUCCUCCAAGAGAAAGUAGCUGAGCUGAAAGAGCAGUUUGAAAAGAACACAAAAUCUCAUUUGCUGCUCAAGGAUCUCUAUGUGGAAAAUGCUCACCUGACAAAGGCACUUCAGGUCACCGAAGAGAAACUACGAGAUGCUGAGAAGAAAAACUGCAUCCUGGAAGAAAAAGUUAGAGCUCUCAACAGACUCAUCAGUAAGAUCGCUUCAGCUUCCCUCUCUGUGUGAAGGUUGCUUGUUUUCCUGGAAUUCAUUUUGAAAGAAUAUCUUUUAAAAUUAAGCCACCAUGAUGUCAUAAUAUCCUAACGUUCAUUGGUUGUGCACCCUUGGACAUAGAUUUCUGAUUUCUUGUUCACCUUACACGUGUUUAAAAAUGUCUACUGUGCCAGCUGCUCAGGAAAUAGACAUGCUGGAAAAGACUACAUUUUUAUUAGUAGUCCUGGGUAAUUUCUCUGGUAAAAUUCUCAGUUUUGCUACUCAGUGGUGAAACAAUUAUGGGUAGCUUUCAGUGAAGUAAGACUAAAAGAAAAAUGGUAAAAUCAAUCAAUUUCAAUGUUGUACUUUUGACCUUGGCUACAGAGAGUAAAAUGAAAAAUAAGGGCUCUGGACAGUUUCAUCUUUUCACUGUUAUUGCUUUGGGUUUAGAUCAUUAGCAUUCUCAAGCUGUGUCUGUACAAACAUUCUAGAAAGACUUCUUGCUGAGACAGUCAACCCUGCAAUCAAAGACAAUGGAGGGGAAGCCCCUCUUCAGGGACUGCUCUACCACAGGAAGAUGUUUGGAGAGCGCUUAUUUUAGGUCUGUGGUCUCAGGGAUGAUGGUAUUGCGAAUGCAAUCUUUCCCUCAUUGAAAUGUCAUCACACUGGAAAUUGUAUUAUAUGUAAAGAAAAAAGAAAAGUCUAGUUUUAUAUCCAAAAUAUACAUAAGUUAUGGUUAUUUGGUUUAUGAGAAUAAACUACUGUACAAUGAAGAAUCACUGUAUUUACAAAAACUUUUCUAUUAAAAUUGUUUUAACUUCUAA